AGUGCGCAUGUGCACCAACAUACGUCCCUUUUCUCCGUGUAUAUGAGUUGGACGGCUGCCAUUGUUGUCCGGCGAACUACACAUUUCGAUUUUCGACUCCUGAACCUAAAUCCCAGAUUCUGCAAGAAGAAGCAAAGGGGAAAGAUAUACUUUACCUCAAUAAGUGCACCAACACUACAGAUAAAUUGUGCCCAAAGAGACACUUGAUAUACAGCCAAGUGGACUACAACAUUUCCGACGAGAACAAUACUAUGGAUUAAUUGUGCCCAAAGAGACACUUGAUAUGCAGCCAAGUGGACUACAACAUUUCCGACGAGAACAAUACUAUGGAUUAAUUGUGCCCAAAGAGACACUUGAUAUACAGCCAAGUGGACUACAACAUUUCCGACGAGAACAAUACUAUGGAUUAAUUGUGCCCAAAGAGACACUUGAUAUGCAGCCAAGUGGACUACAACAUUUCCGACGAGAACAAUACUAUGGAUUAAUUGUGCCCAAAGAGACACUUGAUAUACAGCCAAGUGGACUACAACAUUUCCGACGAGAACAAUACUAUGGAUUAAUUGUGCCCAAAGAGACACUUGAUAUACAGCCAAGUGGACUACAACAUUUCCGACGAGAACAAUACUAUGGAUUAAUUGUGCCCAAAGAGACACUUGAUAUGCAGCCAAGUGGACUACAACAUUUCCGACGAGAACAAUACUAUGGAUUAAUUGUGCCCAAAGAGACACUUGAUAUGCAGCCAAGUGGACUACAAAACAUUCGAGGAAGACAACACUACAGAUAUGUUGUGCCCGAAGAGACACGUGACUAUGUAAUGAACUUGUUGGAAUCAUAUAUUGUGAAAUUAGGUACACGUGUUGGGGUACUGGAUGGUGGUUUGCAAAUAGCAUGUUUAUAUUAUAAAGAUGGAAAGAAAAUGAUUGAAGUUGGUCAUUUGAAAUUAAUAAUACAGAAUGAAAUACAACCCUCAUCAUUUUGUAGACAACAAAUAUACAGUGGAUUACUACCAAUGCAGCUAUAUUGUCUUUUAUGGCAUGCAAAGAAGGAUGAAAUACUAUUUACUUUUUGUUUCGAUCCUGGGUUGUCCACAAAGGGUCCAGAGAGAGUGUUGUUUAAUAUAAACACAGUGGCAGAUAAUGUAUGUCUGCCUUAUCAUUUAAAAAAUAUAUUAUUGUCUAAAAGGCAACAUAAAUCAAAACAAGUGUGUUUAUUAUUUGAAGAAGAUGAUAUUGAUAAAAAUAUAAUUAGCUUUUUUCGUGAAUGGCUAAGAAGUGAUGCAAAUUGCAAUGUCAUUGAUAUUUAUCAUUCAUUUGAUCCUGGUAAGACAGAAAUUGCAAAUAUUGAUGAGUGUCUUUUGACAUCAGAAUAUUUUAUAUUUAUUCCGACAAGGGAUAAGGCGUCAGACAAGUUGAAAUACAUGUUAAACUUAGUUGUUUCAGAAUGUUCUGGUCGCGACAAUAUCUUAACAUUAAUUGAUUCAAAACAAAACACUGGCAAAAUACCAGAGCUAUUCCGGCCAUUUCCAAUUUUUAUAUGUAAUUUUAUUUCGACAGUUUCAAAUGAAAAUAUUCCUCAGAUAAAUACAAAUUCUACAACGCUUUUGGUUGCUGAUCGCCCAAAUGUCAAACUGUCCGAUAAAAGUUUGACAAAUGGCGUGAGUUGUAAAUUUAAGACAUCAAAACCCAUUCGUAUAAUUUCAGACGAUAUUGAAAAGGCUGAUUUAAUUAAGAAAUCCACUUUAUUAGAAAUUCCCACAGCCGAGAUCACAGUCAAUGAUGACGAUGUAUCUGGUGGGAAUUUACUGUAUUUCGAAUAUGCAAAAAAAUUAUAUAAAGAUCAAUUGUUCGUGAUCACUCCGUCUCGCGAGAGGUCACCGGAGUACGAGUAUGCCCUGCGGGUUAUUGCAAGCAGAUCUAACAUGGAUUUCGACACCUUACUAAUACAAUGUAGAGAAACGACUAUAGCUAUUGAAUGUUCAAGUCCUUUAAAAAUGUUGAAUUAAACGGGACAUGUUUUGUCUGUCAACGACGAUCUAGUAUUUAAGUGUAUGAAAUGUUUUGGUUAUACUUGUUUUUUUGGUUGAUUGUUUAUCCUACAAAAUGAGGAAAACUGAAAUAAAUACAUUUUUCAAGUGAUACAUUCAA